AUGCUUUCGCGGAGGUCGUUGGCAAUUCUGGCGGCGCUGGCCGUCUUCGCUUUCUGCCAGGCAGCUGCUGAGCUUCGCUUCGAACAUGUCGACCAGAAAGUCCCCGCAGCUCAGCUAUCGCCUGCUCAGAUCGAACACAAGCUCCACGAAUGCCCCAUCGUGGAAGAGUUGAACGCUCACAAGACCGCGACUGCUCCUCCCACCGGAAGCUUAACGUCGCGCAUUUUUGCCGUCCUUUUCCCAAGCAGCCCCGCCGUCAACGCCCUUCUCGCGACUCUGUACAUCUCCGGCCCUCCGAAUUUCCUGCUGGCAUUAUGCCCUCCCAACAUCGACCCGUCCUCGCUCAGCGUCAUGGUCGCCUUCGCCGUGGGCGGGCUGAUGGGCGACACGCUGUUCCACCUGCUGCCUGAGAUUUUUCUUGGCGAGGAUGAACCUGACAGCGUCAAGUUCGUAAUGCUCGAGCCGAACAAGAACCUUUUGCUAGGCGUGGCUAUAAUGGUGGGUUUCAUGACCUUUGUUGCCAUGGACAAGGGUCUGAGAAUUGCCACCGGCGGCGAGGAUCCCCAUGAUCAUUCGCACAGCCACGGUCAUGCGCAUGAGAAGAAGCCUACUGCUUCUUCGAGCGGCAUCGAAGGCAAGGAUGAAUCCACACUUCGUUCCCGGAAAUCCGAGCCCAGCUCAGCAGUCUCGCCGCCAGCAAAGAAGGAAGAGCCGUCGUCCAGCGUUAAGCUUGGAGGUUACUUGAACCUCAUUGCUGAUUUCAGUCACAAUAUCACUGACGGAAUCGCGCUUUCUUCAUCUUUCUAUGCUUCACCGACACUCGGAGCAACCACGACCGUCGCCGUCUUCUUCCAUGAGAUCCCUCAUGAAGUUGGUGACUUUGCGCUGUUGGUUCAGUCCGGCUUCAGCAAGCGUGCCGCUAUGGGUGCUCAAUUCAUUACUGCUAUCGGAGCUUUCUUGGGGCUCUUUGGCACUAGCCUUCAGUGGGGCGACAUGCUGCUUCCUUUCACCGCUGGCACUUUCCUGUACGUUGGCACUGUCGCCGUCAUUCCUGAAAUGUUGGAGACUGGCCCCAACAAGGGCGCAGAAGUCAAGAAGAUUCUGACGCAAUUCGCCGCUAUUGCUGCGGGUGCCGGUAUUAUGCUUGCCAUCUCUUGGUCAUAG